UUUCUUCUUCUUCUUUGGGAUCUUUUCUCUUCCAAUUUUUUAAAAUCUUGUCAAAAGAUGGGAGAUGAAGAGUGGAUAGAGUUAAAGUUCAGACUUGCAGAUGGUACAGACAUUGGUGCGAGCAAAUAUAGUAAAUUCAUGACUGUUGCGUCUCUCAAGGAGAAAAUCAUUGCUCAAUGGCCUAAAGACAAAGAAAACGCACCAAAGAUGAUAAAUGAGGUUAAGCUCAUCAAUGGUGGGAAGAUACUUGAGAACAACAUAACACUUUCUGAAGCAAGGUCGUUACCUGUUGGUGAACUUCCUGGAAUUGUGACUACAAUGCAUGUUGUUCUUCGUCCUCCUCUCUUAGACAAGACAAAAGAGAAACUGCAGAAUGAUCCUCCAAUGAAGAGUCACUGUGUAUGCUGCAUUUUGUAGCUCUCCUUUGCAUGAUUUCAUUUUUCUAGUCUUCAAACUAGUUCUCUUGAGUCUUAAGAAUGAUCGGAUUACGCAUGAAAACAUAAAUCUUCAUUACCACAAUGAUAAAAUAUUACUGUGUAUGUCUUUAAGCAUUUUUAUCUGGAAUCUUGUUAUCUCACUA